AUGCAGUUGUCCAGCUACGAAAAUCUUACCCAAGACAAUAUUAUCUUUAAAGAAGCCAAAGAAUUUAAAGUCAAAGAUAGCAAAAUUAAAUACAAGCGUAUCCCAAUUGAAAUCAAAUAUUCGAAUGGAAAGAAAGGACCACUUGUAAUCGAAACCCCAUUUCUUUUUAGCUUUGGUGUUAGCGAAAAGAAAAAUCAAGAAACAAAAAAGUUAGUAGGCUAUAGUAUACCAGUAUGUCUUUGGGCUAAAGAUAGCGAACCAAAUAACAAAGAAAAAUCAUUUUUGGAAGUUAUUAAUAACAUAACAUCUCUUUCUCAAAAAUAUUUAGAGAAUGAAUAUGGACCAGAUUUAGCUUCGUCUCUUACUUCACCGUUAUAUUACAAACAGGAAGAAUACACUGAUAAAAAAGGAAAGAAGAAAACAAGAAAUGACCCCUCAUCUGCACCGGUUUUUAAUGCGAAACUUAUUUAUUCGGAAAAAUCAAAGAAAAUUUUAUCUUUGUUUAAGGGAAAGGGAGGUAAAGAUUUAAAUCCUUUUAAAUAUAUCAAUCAGUACUGUAAUGUUAAAUUGGCUCUGAUAAUUGAAGGAAUCUUUAUAAGUAAAACCGUGACAUCUUUACAAAUAAAAGUACAUGAGUGCUAUGUCAAACCACUCAAACCUAGAGAGUCUUUACUAACAAUUGAAGAGGAAGAUGAAGAUGAAGAUGAAGAUGAAGAGCAAAGUGAUAACGAAGAAAUAACUGAUCAAGUGGUCGAAGAGUUAGUUAUUUCUGAUGAAGAAGAAAACGAGUAA